CUUUUUAUAAAAAAGUUUGUAUUGCACACAGGAAAUUAGUUUUUAUUGAAGUUGGGGUAGUUGGUAAAUAUUUCGAGUUCUACGACUUACCGGUAGAUCGAUAAGCAAUGUCCGGCCUGACUGGUGGAAACAGACAUUCUACAGAUUCCCUGGGCCGACUGGUGAAGCAUGAUUGACAAAUGCUACUGAAACGUUAUAAAUUCGCAAAUAGAAACAUCUCACUUUAACUGGACAUAACAGAUAUAAAUAGGGAACAAAAAACAAAACCGUGUUGAGGUGUACGAAGCUCAGUAAAAGAUGAAGACGAAGAAGAAAAUUCAAGAGGCCAUGGAGUCGGAGGAAGAGGGGCAUAUGAAAUAUUUUAAAAGUGAAAAGGUCGAGGCCAACCCCGGGAAGAAAGGAGGCCAGUACAAAAUAUCAAAAGGAGGACAAUUGGUGGUCCCAGAAGGAUGUUUGGGAAAGAAAGACAUUAUUACAUGCAGUGUUAUCGCAUCCACUUUGCGUUAUCAGCAUUUUCCGAAGUUCCCGGAAGACGAACAAAUCUUAAGUGAAAUCUUUUUGCUCGAGUCUAAAGGCAAUGGUCCAAAAUGUCAACUAAAGGUGGCGCUGCCCUACUACACGUUUGACCUUACCUAUUAUGAUUUCAACGUGAAGAUGAAAAUUGAGAAUGAAGAGUCGUGGAGUUUGAUAGAAGCAUCGCAGAAUCCGGGUGUAAACUUGGCCUGGAUAGAGACAGAUAAGAUGGGCCCAAUAGUAAUAACAGCAACACCAAAAUCAGAGACAUUCGUAGUGGACCCCCAAGGAGUUCUCUAUCAAGCCAGGAUAAAUCGGUACCUUACUGUGAGGUUUCCUAAGAAGGCCACGAACACACCAGUUAACUGUACGAUAAAGAUUACUCCAUUUCGCCAUGAAAACCUUGAAGAUGCCAAAAGGCUAUAUCAUCACCAAGUUGGUGACCUGAUUAUGUCCACUGAUUACAUAGAAAUCGUCGCAGACGGCAUUUCCGAGUUUAGACGACCAGUUGGAGUCCGACUGCCAAUGCCGGAAAUUGUCGAAGAGUUCGACCAAGAAGACAUUGCGGUACUUUACAAACCAUCAAGUGAAGAUGCUUGGCAAAUAUUCAACGACAAAUUAACGUUCACCAAACAAACAGUUUCGUUUGAUGUGAAAGCUUUAUCAAAAUACGUGGUUGCCCUUUCUCGUCCACAACGCAAAAGAAGACUUACAGAAGCGUUUAGGAUAUUCGACACACAAAACCGCGUCGUCACGGGAGAAAUCCUUACGUUCAUCAAAAUGGAAGAAAAGCUCUGGCUCUUAGCGGUAGAAAUUGUUCAGAAAAACGACAUUGAGAAAUCUAUAAAAGACAAAGAAAAUGACGGAUUUGAAAUGGUUGAGAAAGUUGAGAUUGUGAAAGAAGAGAAACAAGUGUUCAGAAAGCAUUACAAAGCUGCGAGGAAGGACUAUUCAAAAAUGCAAGAAAAGCCUGACGACCCUAAUGUCAACCUUAUAAACAACAGUGUAUUCGACCUUGAAUUACAGGGUGACCUCUGUGUAUAUGAAUCAAACAGUCAUUACGUCACCAACCAAUUCAAGCUCCCAUAUAGUGAAAUAAUAGGUAAUAAUCACAGACUAUACGAAAUCCAACCUAAACUUAAAGACGGUGUCGUAGACAUUGGAGUAAAUGGAUACGAUUGUGAAGCAACACUGAAUAUUCUGAAUAAAUCUCCGGUAAAUAAAGAUGAUCCAGAAUGUAUUCGUACGUUCAGAAUAAGUAUUGAGAGUUCGCGAGUAGCUAAGUACUUUUACGAGGAACCAGUCCCCGAUGAACCUGAACCAGAGCCAGAACCAGUCAUUGAAAUCCCGGUGGAGGAGCCCAUCCCACCCCCUUCUCCUGUGCAGUCUCCAAAACCAGAAGGGAGGUUCAGCACGCCACUCACAGAAUCCUUCAUGAGGCUCAUCAAACACAAACGUCCUCCCAUAAAAAUAUAUAAGGAACCCAAAGUUCUAAGUGGGCGUAGUCUGCGUGCGUUGGCCCUAGAAAUACCCCAAGGUCUGACUCUUGCAGUUCACCUUGACAUUCCAGACAGUACAAUGACGGGCAUAGGCUUUGACGCCCUGUCAUUGGGGAUGGGUCUUGCAGACGUCACUUACAAGAUCCUGGUUCACUGGAAGCGGAAAUGUGUCAGUAUCAAAAGUGAUGGGGAUAUUCAGGUUGAAUGCCUCAUCAAUGCUCUGCAUGAGAUGGAUAGAUCAGACAUUGCGGAUAUUGUAGCAGAGAGACAUGCAGUCAAUCAGGAACUGGACCCUGCAUGUUUUAGCCCCAUCAGAGUCACUGUAGAUCAUAUCAAUUGAAUUAUUUGUCAAUCUGGUGUAACCCAUUUUUUGGUCUGUUUGAUUUACCUCUUUCAAAGGCUGAUUGAUCUGUAUGCCAGCAGCUAGCCUUUGAGAGAGGAAUGUUGAAUAAAAUAAUGACUAAAGGAGAGUUUAGUGGUUCCCUUCUAAAUGGCACUCUCUGCACUGGAUCUGACUAUAGUAUGAAGUAAAAGAAGUUGCAAUAACGUCACUGAGGAAACGGGGAUCAUGUUUGGUUCGGAAUCAAAUUAUUACAUGUA